CCUUGGAACUCAAGGCAAAGAUCCAACAACCGAUCCUUCAGAAUACACUCGCCUCCUAGGACCGCCUAAAGUGGGCUUCAAGAUCAGUGGUUUUCUGCAGAGACGUCAGUCGACGCGGGGCCAUAAAACUUCAACCCCGCUUCUCUUCUCCCAUUCUGCCUCACGACCGAUUUUUUCCUCACACACCACACGGCACUUGAGCCAGGUAACCAGAACAAUACCGCCAAGAUGGUCAAUUUCACGGUCGACGAGGUCCGGGCGUUGAUGGACAAGCCCACCAAUGUCCGUAACAUGUCGGUCAUUGCUCACGUCGACCACGGCAAGUCGACGUUGACUGAUUCCCUGCUGUCCAAGGCCGGUAUCAUCUCCACCGCAAAGGCUGGUGAUGCCCGUGCCACCGACACCAGAGCCGACGAGCAGGAGCGUGGUAUCACUAUCAAGUCGACUGCCAUCUCCCUGUACCACAACCUCGAGGAUGAGGAAGAUAUCAAGGAUAUCGUUGGCCAGAAGACUGACGGCCGCGAGUUCUUGAUCAACCUUAUCGACUCGCCCGGUCACGUUGAUUUCUCUUCUGAGGUUACCGCCGCUCUCCGUGUCACCGAUGGUGCUCUCGUCGUCGUCGACACCGUCGAGGGUGUCUGCGUCCAGACCGAGACUGUGCUCCGCCAGGCCCUUGGUGAGCGUAUCAAGCCCGUUGUUGUCAUCAACAAGGUCGACCGUGCUCUUCUCGAGCUCCAGGUCUCCAAGGAGGACCUUUACCAGUCCUUCUCCCGUACCAUUGAGUCCGUCAACGUCGUCAUCUCCACCUACUUCGACAAGUCUCUCGGUGACGUCCAGGUUUACCCCGACAGGGGUACCAUUGCCUUCGGUUCCGGUCUCCACGGCUGGGCCUUCACCAUCCGCCAGUUCGCUGUCAAGUACGCCAAGAAGUUUGGUGUCGACAAGAACAAGAUGAUGGAGCGUCUCUGGGGCGACAACUACUUCAACCCCCACACCAAGAAGUGGACCAAGAACGGUACCCACGAGGGCAAGCAGCUUGAGCGCGCCUUCUGCCAGUUCAUCCUGGACCCCAUCUUCAAGAUCUUCGCCGCCGUCAUGAACUUCAAGAACGACGAGAUCAACACCCUGCUCGAGAAGCUCCAGCUUAAGCUCUCUACCGAGGACCGCCAGAAGGAGGGCAAGCAGCUGCUCAAGGUUGUUCUCCGCACCUUCAUCCCCGCCGCUGAUGCCCUGCUGGAGAUGAUGAUCCUCCACUUGCCCUCGCCCGUCACUGCCCAGAAGUACCGUGCCGAGACUCUCUACGAGGGUCCCAUGGACGACGAGGCCGCCAUUGGUAUCCGUGACUGCGACCCCAAGGCUCCUCUCAUGUUGUACGUCUCCAAGAUGGUUCCCACCUCCGACAAGGGCCGCUUCUACGCCUUCGGUCGUGUCUUCUCCGGUACCGUCAAGUCCGGUAUCAAGGUCCGCAUUCAGGGCCCCAACUACACCCCCGGCAAGAAGGACGAUCUCUUCAUCAAGGCUAUCCAGCGUACCGUCCUCAUGAUGGGUGGCAAGGUCGACCCCAUUGACGACAUGCCUGCCGGUAACAUUGUCGGUCUGGUCGGUAUCGAUCAGUUCCUGCUCAAGUCUGGUACCCUCACCACCUCCGAGACCGCCCACAACCUGAAGGUCAUGAAGUUCUCCGUCUCCCCCGUCGUCCAGCGCUCCGUGCAGGUCAAGAACGCCCAGGAUCUGCCCAAGCUUGUCGAGGGUCUCAAGCGUCUGUCCAAGUCUGACCCUUGCGUCCUGACCUACACCUCCGACUCUGGUGAGCACGUUGUUGCCGGUGCCGGUGAGCUCCACCUUGAGAUCUGCUUGAACGAUCUCCAGAACGACCACGCCGCCGUUCCCCUGAUCAUCUCCGACCCUGUCGUCCAGUACCGUGAGACUGUCGCCGGCAAGUCGAGCAUGACUGCCCUCUCCAAGUCGCCCAACAAGCACAACCGUCUCUACAUGGUUGCCGAGCCCAUGGACGAGGAGCUGUCGUUGGCUAUUGAGGCCGGCAAGGUUAGUGCCCGUGACGACUUCAAGGCCCGUGCCCGUGUCCUCGCCGACGACUACGGUUGGGAUGUCACCGACGCCCGCAAGAUCUGGUGCUUCGGUCCCGAUGGCCAGGGCGCCAACUUGCUGGUUGACCAGACCAAGGCCGUCCAGUACCUCAACGAAAUCAAGGACUCUGUCGUCUCCGGUUUCCAAUGGGCUUCCCGCGAGGGUCCCGUUGCUGAGGAGCCCAUGCGCUCCGUCCGCUUCAACAUCCUCGAUGUCACCCUGCACGCCGAUGCCAUCCACCGUGGUGGUGGCCAGAUCAUCCCCACCGCUCGUCGCGUCCUGUACGCCUCGAUGCUCAUGGCUGACCCUGCUCUCCUCGAGCCCGUCUACCUGGUCGAGAUUCAGGUGCCCGAGAACGCCAUGGGUGGUGUCUACGGUGUCCUGACCCGCCGUCGUGGUCACGUCUUCAACGAGGAGCAGCGCCCUGGAACUCCUCUGUUCAACAUCAAGGCCUACCUGCCCGUCCUGGAGUCUUUCGGCUUCAACGCCGAUCUGCGUGCUGCCACCUCUGGCCAGGCCUUCCCCCAGUCCGUCUUCGACCACUGGCAGGUUCUGCCCGGUGGCUCUCCUCUGGACCCCACCACCAAGACUGGUGCCAUUGUUACCGAGAUGCGCAAGCGCAAGGGUAUUAAGGAGAACGUCCCCGGUGUCGACAACUACUACGACAAGUUGUAAGCAGCUCGAUCACGAACCAAGUCGAUCAAGCCAAGGUGUCAUAUUGGACACGAAAUAUCCGCGGGUUUCUCGCAGCAACGAUGCGUUCUUGUCUAGGAGCUACUGCGCACACUACACAGAUACUGUAGGUGUGUUCGUCUCCUGGGCCAGGAAGACACGAAGGGACGCCACCAAAGACAAAAGGGAUACACUGGUGGUACACAUGACGGAGAUCAUGAUAACGAA